AUGAGACGUAAAAAGCAGAAUAGUGAUGCAGAAACUGAGACGACUGGAGUUCCAUCGAAUUAUAUGGAUAUACUUAAACCAACAUUAACAGAGAAAAAAGUACAAUUUAAUUUAUAUAUACCAUGGUCCAUUACUCCGAAAGGUUAUGCAAAGCUACAUGAGAAAUUAACAUCACCAUGCAUCCCUCAUUCCGAUGGAAAAGCUGAUUCCAUGGCUCGUCGUGUGUACAGACAGAUAUUUCACGAUUGUACAAACAGUUCGAAUGGUUUUACUCCUUCUUCGAAAAGUGAAACAACUUACGCAAGUCCUACUGAGAUGAGAAACCUAAAAAUUAGUCAGUAUGAAAUUAUUUCAGCCAAAAUGGUAGAAGCAAAACGACUUUAUGAAGAUGUUGAUUUUCCCGCAAACAAUAAUUCAAUUGGAGACUUGCAACAAGUCUUGGGCAAACUAGAAUGGAAAAGACCUAAAGAUAUUAAUCCUUAUGCAGCUUUUUGUACAAAAUCUUAUUCUCGUUUUGAUGUUGAUCAAGGUGCUCUUGGUGACUGUUGGUUCAGUGCGGUUAUGGCUACAAUUACGAAAUAUCCUGCAUUGAUGAAUAACAUCAUACCGUCAAAUCAAACUUUCAGAGGUUCACUUUAUACAGGAGCAUUUGUGUUCAAUUUUUGGCGUUUUGGAGAGUGGGUAGAAGUUGUAGUUGAUGAUCGCCUACCAGUUCUCAAGGGAACAUGUAACUUAGUAUUUAUGCAUUCAACAGAUAAUAAUGAGUUUUGGUCAUGCCUACUGGAAAAAGCGUAUGCCAAAUUAUGCGGUAGUUAUGCACAUCUAACUGGUGGAUUUCAAAGUGAAGCGAUGGAGGAUUUUACUGGCGGAAUUUGUACUACUAUUAUUUUGAAUCAAAAAGAACGUCCACUAAAUCUAUUUAAAAUGAUGGAACACUACACAAAAACAUGUUGUAUUUUGGGUGCUGAUGUUGGUGGAGAUAAAAAUAAAAGACGCGAAAAAAUGGGACUGAUAGGUUCUCAUGCUUAUAGUGUAACUGGGGUUGGGAAAGUUAAUUAUCUAGGUAAAGAAGUGCCCUUAGUACGUUGUCGUAAUCCUUGGGGAGAAAAACAUGAAUGGAAAGGAUCUUGGUCAGAUAAUUCACCUGAAUGGAAAAAUGUUAAAUCUAAAGAUAAGAAAGCUUUACAAUAUAAAUCAAAAGAAGAUGGAGAAUUCUGGAUAUCGUUCGAUGAUUUUGAAAAGAAUUUCAGUCUACUUGAAAUAUGUCAUUUUGGAUACUCAAGUUUAGACUACAGAGAUGAAAUCGACAAAAAGAAAAGAUGUGAGGAAAUAUGUUUUGCUGGUGAAUGGGUUGCGAAUGUGAAUGCUGGAGGAUCAUUCAACUAUCCAGAAUCGUUCUGUACAAAUCCACAGUAUUUAUUUACAAUUGGAACUGACCAUAGUGGUAAAGUUACUAAAACACAUAUCAUCGUAGGAGUUAUGCAAGAAUACAGAAGACUUUUAUAUGGCGGAGAUUAUUUGGCUAUAGGUUUUUCAAUAUAUGAAGUAUCUGAACUGCAAAAUACAUGUCUUACAGCAGAAGAAUUAUUAUGCCGAAAACCAUUGUUAACAUCAGACUACAUUCCAAGACGUGAAGUAACAUUAGAUGCUGACCUUUUUCCUGGAACAUUUAUUAUAAUACCAUCAACAUAUAAUCCAAAUCAAGAAGCACGAUUUAUUUGUCGAGUAUUCUCUACUGUAAAAAUGAAACAAUUAGAACUGGAUGAGGAGAAUUUAUACGAAGGCUUUCCAAAGUCAACAGCAGAAGCUCUUCAAAAUAUCAUGUUAAAGGAACUUACUUCAUUGGAAUUAAAUUUUAAGCAGUUAUGUAAUCCAAUCACCGAAACAAUCAAUUCUAGAAUAUUAGGUACUAUUCUGGAUCAAUAUAAUUUUCGAGAUUAUAUUAAUGGUUUUACGGAAUUUCCUAGUAACUUGUGUAGUAGUUUAAUAUCUUCGGCAUCUACAAACUUGACAGGUCACAUUGACUUAGAAGAGUUCUUGUAUCUCAUGACUGAUCUUAUGGGAUGGAUGUACGCUUUUAACAAACAUGAUGAUCGGAAAGGAUGUGUGAGUUCGUUCAAAUUUCGUGAUUUAUUGAAAAGUGCAGGUUAUAGCGUCAGUAAUAGAGUUCUCUAUACUUUGGUACAUCGAUAUGUAGAUCAUAAACUAGGCCAUGUUAGCUGUGAAAGCUACCUACAUUGUAUGGCACACCUUAAACAUGCCUUCGAUGUCAUGUCGUACCACCCGAAAAACGAUAAGGGUAUUCUAAAGUUUAACCGUGAAGAUUACCUACGUUUAUCUCUUUCUACAUAA